AAGAAAAUAUUUCAUCAAACAAAAUAUUCAGAUUUUGGAUCGAGGAAUCGUUUUUUCCGUGUCAAGGAUGAGAUUCAAAUCACAGAAUCUGCAUAACAGGGCGUCAGUUUUACAUACCCGUAAAAGAAAAACCACGAAUUUGGGUACCCACGAAAUCGAAGAACCCUAAAAGCGCCAAAAUUCCCAAAUCGAAUCGACAAACCCUAAAUCCACGAACCUGGUCUUGCCGGAAGCUGACGGAGAAGCCAAGACGAAGAGGCAACGCCGGCGAAGCAGAUUCCGUCGUGUUGCGGUCGAAGGUGGCGAUUGAGCCGGUCCAUCGAAUUUCAGAGGACGGGCCGGUUGCUGCGGAGGAGGGCUUGAUGGCCGAAAAAGGGGUGCCGGAAGGGAACUAUGGUGAUGAUGGAAACGCGCCUUCGGGAAGGAUUCGGAGGACAUGUGCCGGGAAAGUCAACUUCGCUGCGUUGUUUAUGCUAGAAGGUGAAGACAUCGACGACGAAGGUAGAAGGAAGCGAAAGGGUCAGAAGCGCAGGUCAAGGAAAACGAAAUCGCCGAUGGAAGGGGGCGACGAGAAAAGGGGUGGUAUUGAAGGUGAAGACGUCAUUGUUAUUGCAGAAGCUGCGAAAGAGGGAGGUGGGAUUGAGAAUGGUCAAGAGAAGCUGGAUGAUGCUGUUAAGGAGAAUACGAAGAAGCAGAGGGUCGAAGAGGAUGGGGACUCUUUAAGGAAUGUUGAUCAGAAGGUUUAUCCUCUUCGUGGUUCCAAAGCUGAGGAGGAUAAGGGAAAAGAGCGCAUUAAGAUCAAUAGACACGACAAGCAGUAUGUUGCUGAAGUAUCAUUGAAUUGCCAUCAAUGUCAAAGGAGCGAUAGAAAAGAGGUUGUCCGCUGCCAGAAGUGUAAGGUGAAGCGGUAUUGCUAUGCAUGCUUAACGGCUUGGUAUCCCCAUUCAUCACAUGAAGAUAUUGCUAAAGCAUGCCCUUUCUGUUGUAAUAAUUGCAAUUGCAAAGCAUGCUUGCGUCUAGAUAUUAACAUUAAAGGGCUUAAGUCUGACAUUGAGGUUAGUAAGGAUGAGAAGAUUCAGUAUUCUAAGUACAUUAUACUGAAGCUUCUUCCAUACCUGAAGGAGAUAAAUGAAGGACAGGUUGCAGAGAUGGAAACUGAGGCUAAGAUAUCAGGGUUGAAGUUUGCAGAGGUGAAACCUGAAACAGCAGAUUGUUUGCCAAAUGAAAGAAUCUACUGCGACAGUUGCAGAACUUCUAUCUUUGAUUUACAUAGGAGUUGCUUGAACUGUUCAUCUGAUCUCUGCUUGACCUGUUGCCGGGAGAUCCGUGAUGGAAAGCUUCAGGCAGGCUUGGAAGAGAUGGCGUGGAAUUAUGUUAAUCGAGGUUUAGGUUAUCUACAUGGAGACAUGGAAAAGACAGAUAAAUCUGGUGAAAAGAUUGAGAUGGCAAACAGCAAAGACGGUGUGAAGCACCCAUCUGGGUGGAAAGCGAACACAGAUGGAAGCAUCUCAUGUCAUUGUGGUGCUAGUGUUUUAAAGUUAAAAUGCAUAUUUGCUGAUGGUUGGGUUUCUGAAUUGCUCAAUGGGGCAGAAAAAAUUGCUGAAACUAGCAAACAUUUGGAUUCACCUAUGUCUUCUAUGGAACGAUGUCCUUGUUUCAACUCUGAAGGUCAUAUUGAAUCAGACAACUCAAACAUGUUAAAGGCUGCUGCUCGAGAAGUUUCAGAUGAUAAUUAUCUAUAUUGUCCAAGUGCAACUGAUGUCCACCAUGAUGAUUUGAGACAUUUUCAGCUUCACUGGGUAAAAGGUGAACCAGUGGUUGUUAGAAAUGUGCUUGAUACUACUUCUGGAUUAAGCUGGGAACCGGAGGUCAUGUGGCGUGCCUUCCGUCAGAUAAAAAACAUCAAGCAUGAUGUACUUUUAGAUGUUACAGCUGUUGACUGUCUUGACUGGUGUGAGGGAUCAAUUAACGUACGUGAAUUCUUUAAUGGUUACAAAGUGGGACGUUAUAACUUCAGGAAUUGGCCACAAGUCCUGAAACUGAAGGACUGGCCUACGUCUAGUUCCUUCCAUCAAACCUUGCCACGUCAUGGUGAGGAGUUCUUGUGCUGUCUGCCGUUUAAACAAUACACUCACCCUGAUAAGGGACCUUUAAAUCUCGCUGUCAAACUGCCAAAAAUUUGCUUGAAGCCAGACAUGGGGCCAAAGACAUACAUUGCGUAUGGAUUUCCUCAAGAACUUGGCCGUGGCGAUUCUGUAACCAAGCUCCACUGCGACAUGUCUGAUGCGGUGAAUGUUUUGACGCACACUUGCGAAGUUACCAUCAAAGAGGAAAAUCUUGAGAAAAUAGAAAAACUGAAACAAAAACAUGCUGAACAAGAUCAGAAAGAACUUGUCUCUUUGAAAGCCAACAUCGACGAAUUUCUUGAGAAGAACGGUCAAGAAGUUGAAAAGCUCGAAUCUGAAGGAGGUGCUCUUUGGGAUAUUUUCCGGAGAGAAGAUGUUCCAAAGUUGGAGAAAUACCUCGAGAAACAUUACAGAGAGUUCAGACAUAUCCAUUGUUGCCCUUUGCCUCAGGUUGUUCACCCAAUUCAUGACCAGACUUUCUAUUUGACGUGGGAGCAUAAGAGGAAGCUCAAAGAAGAAUACGGCAUUGAACCAUGGACAUUUGUUCAGAAGCUUGGAGAUGCUGUUUUGAUUCCGGCUGGUUGCCCCCAUCAAGUGAGAAAUCUGAAGUCAUGCACAAAGGUGGCAGUCGACUUUGUCUCACCCGAAAACGUAGGCGAAUGUUUCCGUUUGACAAAGGAGUUUCGCUUACUUCCACCAAACCACCCCACCAAAGAGGACAAGUUAGAGGUGAAGAAAAUGGUCAUCCACGCAGUCAACCAGGCUCUUAAAGACUUGUAUCUAAAUUCAGAGGAGGAUGACCAAGCCAAAGAGGAGAAGAAAGCUAAUGGGAAAACAAGAGCGGGGAAACGUGGACGCGGCAAGUGCAAGAGGCGUGGCUCUUGAUGAAUAAUGAAGGACUAUCCUCUUUUUUUGUGUGUGUGUGGUAUAGGGAGAAUAUGCACGCCUUCCAUAAGCCUCCUCUCUCCAUAACCAUACUGAAUUAGCUGCAGGUUUUUGUUUAGAAAACAAAGCAAUGGAGCAAAGAUUUCUUAACUUAUUGAGAGGUGUAUUCGUUUGUUUUUAGCACCUAGAAGGUAAGAAAGAUGCAUUCUACUGAAAGAGAAUCUUCUUGGGCUGAUCUCUUCAUUUCAUUGCCUUUUUUUUUCCUCUUUAA